UCAAGUUCUUUAUUGUUAUUUCAGUGUCACUAAAUAAUACUCCACUGUUCGGAAGAGUACAUUGUGCAGCAUAAUUGUAUGAAAUGAGUGGCAACAAAGUUGAUUCACCCUGUUCUACUCCAAAAAAAUUAAAAUUCGAGCAACUUAGAGCUGACUAUGAGUUAUUCUUGCAAACAUUUGAAAAACCUACUUGGAUGUACAGACAUAUCCAGAGAAGACGUCAGUUAUCUCCAUUUAUGUUAAAUCGCAAUCUAUCGUAUCUUAAAGAACACGGGUCAAGGAAAAAAAUAAAACAGCAAAUAAAAAGAAAGGAGUUUAAAUUAGAUCACUUGAUUGACAAAGUUCCGUCAGUUGAAGAAACAAAAGAAAAAUUAGAGGAAUGUGAUUCAGAAAACAAUUAUCUUAAUUUAUCAUUUGGAGGGUUCUUCCAUGGGCCAGGAUUUGCUGAGUCUAUAUUCUUAACCAAUGAUCCAAAAAUACAAAGUAUCUACAAAGAUGAAUUUGUCACAGUUAGCAUACAUUUAAUUCAAGUGUACCAUAGGCGAAAAAAGGGCAAAGAUGCCCCAAUGGAAAUUAUAUUAUUAGGAACCUGUAAAGCACCGUGGAAUCCACGUUCUCAGCUACUCUUACCAUGUUCUUCCGUACAACUAAGUGUUCCACCAUCAGUUUUUGCAGAAGAUGGCCGACCAAUCAAAACUCAUAUUUUAUCUAUUACUGUUAGCAUUAGUGUUCCAAAGAAAAUGAGAAAAAAAAGAGGUCGUAAAAAGAAAGAUGCUUCUUCAGAUCAAGAUAAUACUCCUGAACCGCCUGCUAAACGUCACAAAUCUGAAACCGUUGUGGAAUCUUCAAUUUCUGAAGAAGGAGAGGUGCCAUCAAGUGAGGUGUUUAUGGACCAAACGUCUGCAUCAUUCUCCGCUGAACUUAUCGUUUAUGAUCGUCACAAGACCUGCUUGCUCACAGCAGGUGAUUACGAACUACUACUGCAGGACAACGAUGAUACAUGUGCUAAUAAGAAUAACAGCUGGGAAAGUACAUUUAAAAAUAAGCUUGGACCGUUUGCCGCUUUUUCGUUUGGUCCAACCAUAAAGUUCAGUUUACGUUGGGAGUCAAAAUCUUCUGUACCUAUUGCACCUGUUUUGAGUUCUUUAUCAACUCCAUAUACAGACAGUCCUCAACCUUUAACGACUGCAUUAGCUUCCAACAAUAACAAAUCACAAACGGAUCAAAAAGAAUUGCCGAAGGUUUUUUAUCAAUUUAUAUACAACAAUAACACUCGCCAGCAAACAGAAGCGAGGGAGGGUACCUCUUGCCCGUGGUGUGCUUUAAAUUGCAAAAGGUUAUAUGCGUUGUUAAAGCACUUGAAAUGUUGUCAUCCAAGAUUUUCAUUUUUAUAUACUCCAUUAAAGAAAAGUCAUCGCAUCGAUGUGUGUGUCAAUGAUAAUUUUGAAGGAACAUUAGAUUUCGACGGCAUCAAGGAUAUGGGUUUUAUUAAUGUUGAUGACGCGCCGUUGCAUCGAAAACCACAAACUGAAAUCCUCGUCGCCAGACCUUUCAAGGUUGUUGAAGAUUUGAAUGAAUUUGCAGAACCAGAUACAGAAGAAAUAGAAGGAGUUGUGGCUAUAAAAGGGCACGACAGAGUGUACUAUCAUGGCCGAAACAAUCAACACGUGGUUCAUCACUCUGAAUUUGAUUACAAUAGCGAAGACGAGAAGGCUCCUGAUUGGCUGCAAGAGAAAACACAAAAUAUGAUUGAAGAGUUCACAGAUGUCAAUGAAGGCGAAAAAUCCUUAAUGAAGUUAUGGAACCUGCACAUGUUAAAAAAGGGAUACAUUGCUGAUUUCACUGUGACGCAAGGUUGCAAAUCGUUUGUGGAAGAGUACGGACGUGAUGUUAUCGAGAAAAAUAUGGCGCGAAAUUUUCUUCUCCACCUGAAUAAUAUGAUCGAGUUUCAAGUUAUUUCGCAGUCAACCGUUAUACAAGCUAUGAAUGCCCUGGAAAAAAUACGGCAGUCGAUGCAAGAAGAGUAGGACCCGAAUAACCAUUCCCCCGACGAUCUAAAAAGCGCUUGUAAUGUGCAUUUUCUUGUAAAUCAAUCAAAUGAUAUGGGGAGAAAACCAGGGACGAUUUUCUUCGUAUUCUUUUAUGUACCGUCGACAAUAAACUGACAUCACAUAACGUUGGAAUUAUUUAUAUUUUGUGUGCAGUCUUGUUUUUUAUGAGAAAAAAUGUUAAACAAGAUAA